AUGCUGUCGUCGGUGCAGCCUUGUCUCGCACUCUCGGGCAGUAAAUUCCGGUUCAAGCUCAAUCAGCUUUACGAGGUUGGAAUUGGGCUAGAUGGUCUGCGCGGUACGCCCGCAGCCUUUGGAGAUUUCAAUUCCAACCAACACAGCGACCUGUUUGUAAUAUCUCCAGACCAAACAACCAUUCAGCUUUGGGUGUGGGAAAGCGACCUCAAGCAAUUUGCGCACCUCGACUCGGCUGACAUUACGGUGCCUGGGGUCAUUUUGAGCAAUGUAAUAGUGGGUGACUUUAACAUGGACGGCAAAUUGGAUGUUAUUGUGCAGGGACAGAGCAAGGGGAGCAACGAGGUUGUUAUGCGGUGCUAUUUGGGCGAUGGGGUGAACGGGUUUAGUGAUAGCGGACAGCUGCCAUCGGCAAAUGGUGCGCUUCCUUUUGCGUUUGACUGGAGCGGCAGCGGAAGGGUGGAUCUGCUGGGCGCGGCGUGGGAUCACAAGGACGAUUCGGAUUCGGGUGUACGGGUGUGGUUGCAUCUGUUUGAGCUGCGCAAUUUUGGCGUGGGAAACUUGACCGUGGCCAUGUGCAGCCCUGCCAGCCCACACUCAAGCGCCUUUGUGGAUCUAAACGGUGAUUGCCUCCCGGACCUAUUUCUCGUGUGCCACGGAAACGAAGAGUACCAAAUCUGGACAAACUCCAAGACGGGCUUCGAGUACUCGCAGACUGGAAAACUGCCGUCAAACGCUGGGCCCGUCUCCUUUGCCGACAUGAACUCUGAUGGCAGCAUGGACAUGGUCAUCCCAAUAGUGGGCAAGUCGCAGAUAUACAUUGUUUACAACGAGCAGCGGCCGUUGUGCGUCGGAUCGCGCAAGCAGGAGGGCUGCCGCAAGUUUAGCCGCAUCUGCGAAGCCGACGACGCAUUUUCCUUUUCACUGAAGGACGCGCAGGUCGUUGAUAUUGAAAAGAUGUGGCCGGGGGAGACCCUUUCGGAUUCGCUGGCGGACUUCCAGACUUCCGUGACAGUGCCGCCGGCCGUGCGCUUGACGGACGUUGAUCUGGACGGAUAUCCAGACAUGGCAUUUGUCACGCACAAGGGCAAAGAUGAGUCGCACGUGCGGAUGCUGCGCUCGGAGCUUUGCCCUGACUGCAAGAUCUCAGGUGGCGCCCAGCUGGACUACCGGUCGUUUGUAGCAAUCAAAGAGGGCGUGUCUGUUUUGGAGACGCUGGGGCGGCCGCAGGAUGUGGCCUUCUUUGAUAUUGACGGCAGCGGCACAGCUGACCUACUCGUGCACUACCUCGACUCGGCAGGCAGCAGGCGGGUGUCUGCCAUCUACAACAACUUUUUCACCGAUGCGUUUUUCAUCAAGGCGCUGGCAUGCCCGACUAACGAGAAGCACGUGCGCUCAUACUCCGGCUUCCUGCCCGGCGCAACCUUCAAGUACCUUGUUGUCAGCGAUUCUGGGGAAAAGCACGUGGCGCAGUCGGUUCAGGCGCCGCAGUCGGCGUACCGCGCGCUGUUUACACCCUACACUAUUAUUGGGAUUGGGCGGACAAACAACUACAUUGAAGACUUUUCUGUUGGAUCGUCGAGCCAGCUGGGCGUGCAUGAGAGGUCGUUUGAAGGGCUGAUUCCCAAUUCGCAGGUUAUUGUUUUCCCGGUCAACACCACAUCCGAGUGGAGACUGGAGCUGUAUAUGAAUAGGUCCGAGUCGACGCCGUAUAUUUUGGCCACGCUGCUGUCGUCUAUGGGCUUGCUGGCCAUCACUGUGUUUGCGCUGGGCGCUAUGGAGCGCAAGGCUGACCAGCGCGAAAAGCAGCGCGCACUGCAUUCCAUCAAUUUCGAUGCGCUGUGA